AUUCGGCAUUAGUCGUGAAAGAAUUUUGAUAAGAGACGUCACAGAAUCGUGCAAUUAGUCAAAAGUUUUCAAAGACAAAUAAUUCAUUUGUAGCGUUCUUUAAAAGAAACUAUAUCACAUUGCGUAGGUUCGGGAUCUGUUAUCAAUAGAGUUGUCAUAAUAGAAUAAAUUGUGUUUUUAACACGAAAUAUUGAAUUGAAAAGUAGUUGCCUUAUAUGUGUGCUUUUAAAAGAAUCGUAUAGAAUACUUCGAACCGAGGCUGAGGGUUCGUUCAGGGUCUGACUGAAUGGUCUGUACAUUGUGAAAAACAUGCCUCUGUUCGGAAAGUCUCAAAAGAGUCCGGCGGAGGUGGUAAAAGCUCUUAAGGAAGCAGUAAAUGCAUUGGAGCGUGGUGAUAAGAAGGUAGAAAAGGCUCAAGAGGAUGUCAGUAAAAAUUUGGUACAUAUAAAAAAUAUGCUUUAUGGAACAGCUGAAACAGAGCCUCAAGCAGAUAUUGUUGUUGCCCAAUUGGCCCAAGAAUUGUAUAAUAGUAAUUUGUUGCUUCUACUUGUGCAAAAUCUUAGUCGCAUAGAUUUUGAGGGAAAGAAGGAUGUUGCUCAAGUAUUUAAUAAUAUAUUACGGAGACAAAUUGGAACCAGAUCUCCAACAGUAGAGUAUAUAUGUACUAAACCAGAAAUAUUGUUUACUCUCAUGUCUGGAUAUGAGCACCAAGACAUUGCUUUAAACUGUGGCACUAUGUUAAGAGAAUGUGCAAGAUAUGAGGCCUUGGCAAAAAUCAUGAUCUAUUCGGACGACUUUUACAAUUUUUUCAGAUACGUUGAAGUGUCAACAUUCGACAUAGCUUCCGACGCGUUUUCUACGUUCAAAGAAUUACUUACCAGGCAUAAAAUACUGAGCGCUGAGUUUUUAGAAAUUAAUUACGAUAAAGUUUUCUCUCAUUAUCAAAGGUUAUUGAAUUCAGAAAACUAUGUUACGCGACGACAAAGUUUGAAACUGCUAGGGGAACUCUUACUCGAUAGACACAAUUUUACCGUAAUGACACGAUAUAUUUCGAAUCCUGAUAAUUUGAAAUUGAUGAUGAAUAUGCUCAAAGAAAAAUCACGUAAUAUUCAGUUUGAAGCGUUUCAUGUUUUUAAGGUAUUCGUGGCGAAUCCAAAUAAACCGAAACCAAUCUUAGAUAUAUUACUGCGUAAUCAGGAAAAAUUAAUCGAAUUCUUGACGCGCUUCCACACUGACCGUUCCGAAGACGAACAGUUCAAUGAUGAGAAGGCGUAUCUUAUUAAGCAGAUUAAAGAACUUAAGUCUGUACAUGAGAAUUAAGUCCAAAAUACAAGUUAUUGCUACAGCUACCGUUAA